AUGUCCAAAAAAGUUUAUAGAAUUCAAGAAGACUGGGAGAAAACGAAGAAUGAACUAAACGAUGCGAAAGCAGACAGUCUUCUUUCAACCAUGCAAGCAGUAGCCUUCCUGGCACACAAUAUAAAGAACACUGCGCCAAGCAAUGGUGAGACAAUGGUAUUUAGCACAACACACUUUGACGUCGAUUCCAGCUACAACAACGAAACAGGAAUCUUCGUAGCACCUGUGGCCGGAAUCUACAUUUUUAACUUGCAGCUGUGUAUUACAUCAAACAGAUACAUUCACUUUGAAAUUGACACAACAAAGGGUCCUAUUCUAAAAGGCCGCUUUAUCGACGACGGAGGUAGCUACGACGGCUGCCAAACAGCCACAACUGUUGCAGAACUUGGUAUAAAGGAACAUGUGUGGAUAGAGAGUGGACAGUCCACUAGUGGGACUGAUUUGUGGCAGUACCCGUAUAUAUGGAAUAGCUUUUCUGGUGCUCUGAUAAGCGCAGUUACAAAAUAG